AGGUGACAGAGCUCUCAGGUAACGGACGGCACUUCCUCCCAUCUCCGUAUUGUACACUCUGUUCUAUUUGGAGAACGGAUUUUAAACUGGAAUUACUAGACAUACGGAGAUCAGUUUUCAGAGGCCAGUGAGCAGAGGCAAAUAGGGCUUUAAAAAUGAUUCACAUGUGAGCAGAGUAAGCACCUCAGAAGCAUCUUGAGACAUUCUUUGUCCUGACCCAUUUCCUGGCAUCAGCCCAAAAGACACACAAUGAUGAAUUCCAUGGAAGCCAUUUGUGAAGAGGAGGGGAAACAUUCAGCACACAACCAGCACUCACGUAUAUGGCAGCUACACACAGACACUCUUUAAUUAUGUAUUUUUCAGUCAAAACAUUAUAUAGUAUGUGGAACAUUAAUUAUGGCAUAAUACAAUUAUCCCCCUAAAGUGCAAGUAAAACUACUACCUAUCUGAGAAGUACUGAUGCAGUGAUGUUAACUGGAUUGGCACUCACAGGAGCAUUCCUACUGCAUCUGUGAGGCCUCCUCCCCACAUUCUAUGGAGGCGGAGGAAAGCUGGUCGGCUGAUGGGAAGCGGCCUGGUGGGAAACAGCAGCCAUUGUCGGAGUCCUUGUUAGGGGCACAGCUUCCUCAAUUACAGCAACAAGUUACCUCGCAAUCUAUCCAUGGAUCUCAUGGCUGCCUUCAACACAGGCAGCCAAAACGCUUCGAAAUGCUCCAAAGACAGAAGCAGCAGUCACAGGCAAGUGUGUCAUCUUGGCAGCUUUCAGGCAUGCCUGGUCCUUCAAGACGCAGCUGUUCUGGCCCGAUCGAUCAAUCUCCCCAAAUUCAUAAUGUUCAGCAAACUCAAUCUCUGCCUAAUAUGGAAGAACAGGAAGUCACCCCUUGUAGGAAAGAACGCAAACCCCAAAAACCGGGAAAAUAUGUGUGCACAUACUGUGGCCGUCCUUGUGCGAAGCCCAGUGUUCUUCAAAAACACAUCCGAUCUCACACAGGAGAGAGACCCUAUCCUUGUGUCCCAUGUGGCUUCUCCUUCAAGACCAAAAGCAACCUGUACAAACACCGCAAAUCCCAUGCACAUCGGAUAAAAGCAGGCAUGGCCUCAAGUCAUGAAAAACCCAGUUUAAGCUGGCCUGAGAGUGGAGCCUUGGUAGAGGAGCAACAAGAGUGUACAGAAGGAGAGAGUACAGGUUCUGAGGAUGAGACUGGGCAACACAUACCAUCUACAUCACAGGACAGGCCAACUCUGAAGAAAUGUUGUAAGGUGGAAUUGUCAUUUGCAGAGGAGGUUCCCCAAACUGAGGAUUCACAUGCAGUCAAGCAAAGGUUAGCAAUGAGGCUAAGUGAGAGAAAGCGAGCUCCUAGGACAUCUUCAGAUGAAACCCGAUCCUCAUUGGGUCCCGGCAGUAAGGGCAGCACAGAAUCUGGCUAUUUUUCCCGUUCUGGAAGUGCAGAGCUCUCGCAAGUGAGCCCACCAAAUCCCAGUGCUAAAACCUAUGCUGAGAUAAUUCUUGGAAAGUAUGGGCGACUAGGACAACAGCAAAGGAUUCCACAUCAACAACUGCAGUCAUCAUCAGGCCAACAGGAAAAAUCACUCCCUUUCACUGUUCCUAAGACACAAGUCAUUGAGCAUAUAACCAAGCUAAUUACUAUAAAUGAAGCUGUUGUGGAUACAAGUGAAAUUGAUAGUGUCAAACCAAGACGUUCAUCACUCUCUAGGAGAAGUAGCAUUGAGUCUGUCAAGUUCUCCUUACCCAUAGAACCCUGUGUUUUUGAACCAAAAGGAGAUGUCCCAGGCUCUUGUGGCUCUGCAGUUCAACAUAUUACUAGUAAAUUUGCAAGUGAUUUCCCAGGCUCAUACUCUGCUGAUAAAGUUACAUUGGCUAGUCAGAGCUCCAGUGCAGUUCUGUAUAGAAGUCAAUCAGUGCCAUCCUCUGCUGACACUUCAGAUACAACUUCAUGCAGCUUUCGUCUCAGUCAAUCUUUUGAUGAGCAACAAGCCAUAGCAGCAGAAACGAGGAUUGGCCCCCACCAACGAAUGUUACGACGCCAACCCGCUAUUGAGGUGCCAACUGGAGUGGACCUCAUUACUGAAGAUGCAAGCCCUUCUUCUAGAUUGAAACAGUCAGAUCCUGGGAAGAAGCAUGAAAAGGAAAUACACCUUUAUGAGUGUGAAAUGUGUGGGACUCGCUUGAAGAGGCAGGAAGCUUAUGAAGCACACAGAGUUGCUUGUAUGAUUAAAACUCCACUGGGUCUUCAGAUUGAGGAUGGCAGUUCUUUUAUUGAAACUCAGUCACAAAUGAUGAGCUACAAGAUUAAAGACAUGGCCAUGGCUGUACGCAAGAGAAAAAAAAAAGAGGAAAGUCUUGAGGACGACCCUCCCAGUCCUGGCCCAACAGCAGUCUCCUUCAGCACUCAGAUCCCAUCAAUGCUAGGCAGUACUGACAAUCAGGGCACACCUGCCCUUUCACAAAGUGAGUCAGAAAAGAGGGGUCCCUGGAAAGAAAUUUCUGUUAUCCAACAUACCAGAUCAUUUGAAAAACAGGAAAGCAUUUCUAUGGCAAAUCAGGAAACAGAGAAACAAGAGCCAUCUCAGGAGCCAAAACCAACCUCCAUAUCUAGGUUAACCCGUCAACCCAAAAUUCAAGUUCCAGAAAUCCUGGUUACGGAGGAGCCAGAUACGGAGAUGGUGUCACCUCCAGCAAACACAUGCACCUCCAAAGAGUCAGAGAAGGUGGAGGAAUUCCAAUGGCCUCAGCGCAGCCAGAGUCUGGCCCAGCUCCCUGCAGAGAAGCUACCACCAAAGAAGAAGCGUCUCCGUUUAGCUGAGGCAACCCAGUCAUCAGGAGAAUCUAGCUUUGAGUCAAUAUCCUUGCCACACAGCCCAAGCAAAGAGAGUAAUGUUUCCCAUGCCUCUAGUCAGUCUACAUCCUUUGAGGAAUCAGGAAGGCCAGACUCUAAGAUGCAGAGUGGCACCAGGAGCUCCCAAGGGUCUCACAUGCUGACUGUUCCAUCAAGUCUCCAUCAACACCAUCAUUCUCACAGGGAGAUGCGCCGUUCCACCUCUGAACAGGCACAUGCAAGUCCUCCACAUCCUGGACAUGUAGAAGAAACAAGAAGUAAAUCUUUUGACUAUGGAUGCCUCUCUCUACAGCACACCUCUGCUACUUGGAAGGAGAGAAGGAAAUGUCUCUUGGUGAAGCAUGCAACCCUUGGUGACUCCGAUCAGGAGGAGCCAUCUUCUACACCACUUAGUAAACCUGGCAUCUCAGCUGUGUGCCGCUCCUACACUGAUCAUCCUCCAUUUACAAUUAAAGAUUAUGGAAUUGGAGGCAGGACCUCUAGGAUUAGCUCUGAGCAUAUAGGGAAGACCUUGCAGAUUUUCCAAUCCCCUCUUUCUCUCCCACCAGCACUUUUUCCCCUACAACAAGCAAGUCCUAAUUUUUGCACCCCACGUCAGCUCACUAGAUUCUUUCCAGUCACUACUGCAAUAUCUGGGAUCAUUUCAACCCAGAUGUUUCAUCAAGCCCUCAUUCACAGUGAGCCACCACAGCUGCAUCCAAGACCUCUUGAGUAUUUAGAACAAUUAGGACUACCCCUUCAGCCACUCUCCACUUUAUUUCCUUUGCAAUCAAGGGACGUUACUCAAAAUGUUUGCUUUCCCAUGCCAGGUGGUCUGACUAUUCAGGUCCCCUCAGGACCUCUUUUCAGGGAGUCUAGGUCAUCACCUUCCUUCUUUUAUAGUCCUGGUCAUUCACAACAGCAGCUAAUCCUUCCCCACAAUCCUCAUCCCAUUAUUGCUCCAUGUCUUGAACAACUUGCCCCAGUGGUUUCUCUUGUAGUGCCUGUGCGCUUACAGACUCACAUUCCUACAUAUGCUAGUGCCAUGUAUACAACCAUCUCACAGAUUUUAGCCACAACACAACAUCCAAUCUGCUGCACGUCUAUGGUAAUCAUGAGUACGUUGGAAGACAGGCUUCAAAGAUCUUACCUCAGGCUGCCCACCGCAAGUUCCAAGAGCUAUAUUUCCAUGCCGCUGCCUCUGGAGCAUGGAGCAGGAACUUCAUCUGAUGACAGCUAUGGGCAGCUUGGUGCUGGUGGAAGUAAGCGAAUACUGUCACCUGCAGGUAGUCUAGAACUCAGUUUAGACGCCCAACGGCAUCAAAAACGGGUUAAAGAGGAGAAGGAAAAAGAAAAGGAUCACAAGGAAGAUGAAGAUAAUAAAUGUGAUAAUACAUCUCAGGAGGGGGAACAGGGUAAAAAUAAGCUGACAGUGGGGAUGGAAAAAGAUGCAGGAGAAGUCAUAGAAUCUGACAUUUUAAGCAAGCAGGACAAAACACAGCACAAUACUGAGCCCUUAAAGCAGGAAGAAAGGAAAGAGGUAGGACACAGGUAUGUUCCAAGGGUAACAAGUCUAGAUAGAACCAUGGACCCCUCAUACCCCAGUUUACAUACCACUACAUCUGUCAGCUGGUGCUAUCUGAACUACACCAAGCCCAACCCAUCUACACACAGAGAUGCACAAGCUUCCGUCUAUUCCUCGUGGAGUGUUAGCAUGCAUAAUCCCAAUCUGCCUGGUUUUUCCACCAAGAUUUUACUGUCUUUAUUGCAUUCCAAGCAGAAACAUAGUGCUGAGACAUACACUAUAGCUACAGCUUCACUACCAAACACUGACAAACUGGUUCCCACAGGGAGCAAGAAGGCUAGCACCUCACAGGUACCUGCCUCCCCUCCUAACACACCUGUCGAAGUAAAGGAGGAUCCACCAACUGAAAGAGAGGAAAAAGAUAAUACUGCUGACGAUGAGCCCGCUACCUCAGCAGCAAGUGAGGUGACACGUGCUUGCAUUUUUGAGGGCGGGUAUAAGUCAAAUGAGGAGUACGUGUAUGUGCGGGGUAGGGGAAGAGGGAAAUACGUGUGUGGGGAGUGUGGGAUUCGCUGCAAGAAGCCGAGUAUGCUAAAAAAGCACAUUCGCACACAUACAGAUGUCCGUCCCUACGUCUGUAAGCACUGCAAAUUUGCCUUCAAAACCAAAGGGAACCUUACCAAACACACGAAGUCCAAGGCCCACGGUAAGAAAUGCCUGGAGAUGGGUGUAUCCAAGCCAACUGUGGAUGAGCUGGAGACUGAGGAAGCAGGAGGCAGUGAGGAGCGAGUAUGUGAAUCAGAAGACCAGGAGGAGCACCGGUUCUCUGAUCCUGAAGACUCUGAAGAUGAUGAUGAGGACGAAGAUGAAGAAGAUGACUUCUCCCAUGAUGAACCAUCCUCAGCCUGUUCCACUGACACUAGGCAAUCCACACGUGACUUAUCUGAAAUUGGGCAUGGCUUACAGAUGGACUCAUGUGAUCAAAGAGCAGAAGAGGAAUACCCCUCACCUCGCAGAUUUUGGCCUGUACAAGCUGCAUCUCCAAGAAGCAAGAGAGCUUCAUUCUCUCACAAGGGCUGGGAUGUUUCACCUAGGGCCUUUUCUCCAAGCAGUGAGGGCUCACCUCUUAGAAGUUUGUCUCCCAGGCUUGACUUGUCCUCACCUAGUCAUCUCUCUCCCUCUCCAGAGAGGGGCCCAUCUCCCAUCAGGGCCCUCUCCCCACUCAGGCCCCUUUCACCCCUGAGGCCUUUUUCUCCUACCCGGCAUAGGAGCACCAGAGCUCUCUCUUCUUCUACAUCCCUUAAGCCCCAUCGACAGCACAGCUCUCCUGCAGGGCUUCAUUGGGAGCCUAGCAUUCCAUCGACAGAGGGUCAACAGGACAAGCCUGGUACUCAACAAACUCAAAUGCCCCCGGAUCCUUGCCUGGUUUCUCCAACGUUAUGCUUCUCCCCCAGUGAACCUUUCUCACCCACACCUGUUACACCACGGACAGUGGACCGUAUGUUUAGCCACCUUCCUUUACAUUCCCAGGACCAAGCCCGCAUGCCAUAUCACAUGAUUCCUAUAGGAGGCAUACAAAUGGUGCAGCUCAGACCCAGAUCUCGGCCCAAACUGUCAUCCUCUACCCCCUCUCACAAAGACGACUCCCAAUUCUCCCUAGCCAGGAGGGAUUUCCCAUGGAUAUCCCUCCCUGAGACAAGUCCACAAAGAUCCCUGGUGUACAGCAAGACACAAAGCCAAGAUGGAGCGACCCAUUCUGACCUGUCUUGUUCUAGUACAAGCUCAAAAUUAGCCAAACCACCCGCUCUACAAUAUGGAGGCUCUAGAUCCGCCAUUCAGAGUCACACCUUCGUUCCUGAAACAUUUAGAAAAUGUGCAGCAGAAAGCGACGGAGCUAAGAGGAUCUCUAUAGUUUCACAGGGAGAAAGAGAAAGAUCCUCACAUGAAACUAGACAGCUGCAUGAGACCGAAAAGCCUGCAGUGGCAUCACUCAGGGGACGUGGCUCUUCUUCAGAAGAAAGUUUAGGACAGCAAUCUGGCAGUGCUGCUCAGAGCCAAGAAGGGGGUCCAGACAGCACUUAAAAGCCUCUUGUGCACAAUGGUGCAAUGCUUUCUACUGUUAAUAAUACUAUUCAUUUCUUUUGUUUUGUAAUGCGGUUAUUUUUUUAUAUUCAAAUUUUCAAUACUAUUGGUAACUUGUUAAAUGUUUGUUCUGCAAUAUUCAAGAUUGUAAUAUGAUGCACUUUUUUCUUGAAAAGAAAAAUAUUUAUGUAAAUCAGUUAUAUCUGUCCCUCCUGUAUCUUUAUUGACAUUACAAUCUUAAUAUAUCUAUUUGAAUAUGCAUAUAUACAAAAAUACUUAAACGUUAAGUAUGGGUAUGAAUGUAUUUCUAAAUGACCAAGGUGAAGACUUAAAUCAUGAGUAAUUCCAAUAUUUUGUCUCUUGUCCAGUAUUGCACAAAUUAUAUUGAUGUGUGCCUUUUUCUGUCCAGAUUUACUGCUUGAAGUGUCAACAAAGAUGAAAGGCUGUGAAUAAUUUUUAUGAAUACAUUUUUUGUUUUUCAAAUGAGCUGGUGUUUGCAGAAUUGUGAGGUGUUUCGCAUUCAGAUUUUUUCCGUACAUAAACGAGAAGGAAGCGCUGGUGUUGAAAAAGACGUGAGAAGAAGGCUUGGCAUGGAGCCUUGCAGGGAAAUUGCACUGAAGUCAUAUUUUUUAUAAUAAAAGUUAAAUGAUUAGGUACAUUGUCUCUGUACAGAUAGAAAGUCUAUGGUCCAUAUUUAUUGUCAUGUGAAAAUGAAAAUGCCUGUUUAGUUUACUUUUGUUUUCAAGGGAUUUCUAUUGUCAUUUUUUUUUUUUUAUUCUUUAACUUUUUGUUAAAAGUUACUUUUUAGUUAUGAUCUCAAGAAUUGAAAUAAAGAUACUAGACUGGCUCUCAGUAAAGUCGGUCGAGAAAUGUAUUAUUUCUGAACCAAUAAAAGUACACCACAAAUUACUAA